UGAUUAUCUCAUCCUGUAACGGUGUCAUCAUUCCACUGAGCUCUCCUCACACAGCUCUACUCUCUCUCCCCCUCCAUUCAUGAAGUGAAAGUAUUCUUGUGGCCGACUCUGCUCGCUCUGUGCAUCAUGGAGGCGGUGGCUCUCUUCUCUUUCACAGCAUCAGAAGCAGACGAGAUCAGUUUCCAGAAAGGGGACAUCAUCAAGGUGACAGAAAUGGAGGAUGAUUCGUGCUGGUUCACAGCAGAGAUCCAGGGGAAGCGUGGCUACAUCCCUGAAAACUACAUUUCCCUCCUUCCUCAUCGGUGGUUCGCAGGACGGGUGUCGAGACUUGAGGCUGAGCAGCGUCUGCGCUGGCAGGACGCCGGAGUGUUCCUGGUGAGGGAGAGUGAAUCAGCUCCAGGGGAGUUUUCUGUCUCUGUCAGCUACGGCGACAGGGUGGAACAUUUCCGCGUCCUGGAGGGGGGCGGGCAGUACUGCAUCUGGGACGAGACGUUCUGCUCCCUUAACCGUUUGGUGGACUUCUACAGAACUCACAGCAUCGCCGUGGAGAAACUCAUCUGCCUCAUAGACCGUCCCUCGUCCCCUCGCCAGUUGUCCAACCCAGGAUACAACCCCUACCCCAACCCUUAUAAAAGCAGCUCUCAGGAAUCCCUCCCCUCGGCCCGUCUCUACUCGCAGCCCGAGAGAGAAGUGGCUUCGGUGAAACCUUGUGUGGCUCACGCCCUCUGUGACUACACCCCCCGUCAAACCGCGCACCUCCACUUCCUGCGUGGCGACGUCAUUGACCUGCUGGACUGCUCCGGCUCGGUGACCUGGAAGGGACGCUGCCGAGGCCGAGUCGGCGUCUUCCCACCGCAAUACGUCCAGUUGCUGUACCACUGACCCCAAACCGGACGCCCUCAGUACAGUGGCCGCCAUCGCUGACACAUAUCGAACUCAUGAGACAAUGAAUUUGAACUAGAGCUGAAACAAUUAGUCAAAUAAUCAAUUAGCUUUUAUAAGCAGUAUGCAAACAUGUGGUAAAUGGUUUAUCACACACUAUAAUGUAGUUGUAAUUGUUUAUUUGUGUAUUUGCCAGCAGCUAUGACUCGUUCCAUUGACACCCAGGAGCUAAAAUUACUGACCGGCUGCAUACAACUACAUUAUGGUGGUAUAAAUCAUGUAUUAAAUGCUUAUUUAGUGCUUAUAAAUGCUCAAUAUAGGGAUUUAAAGUGUUACCUCCCUGGAUAUUUUCCUAUCGUACAGAGGCUUUGUCACGUCGCAGCUCAGACUGUUUAUAAAGAUGAACAACACGUCUCCACUUCCUCCCACAAUCCAGAAACUAAGAUAAACUAUCUCAUAUUUCAGAAGGCCAGAGUCGGAGCAGCUGCGAUUGGUGAAUAGAGCCAUUGUAGCGAGGACCCGUCACAAAACACUAUUCACAGGGCAAUAAAUGACAGCAGCUAGCAAGAGAAGUGCUGGUGUACUUUUCUAUUUUCCUAAUACAGGGCUGUUUACUGCCCCUGACAUUUUGCUAUCAGGAUCAAACCAUAUUUCAUAUUUUAAAGAUUGUAGGUUUUUAACUUGGCUAACUGUGCCUCCUUUGCACAGCAGUUUAUCCUCAGACAGAAGAAGUUUAAUGAAAGUCACCGGUGCAACAACAGCUUCCUCAAUUUUGUCGGACUGCUGCUGGUCAACAGGGUGAAGUUACUUUGCUGCUGUUGCAACUUCACCCCGUUGACCAGCAGCAGUAGAUCACAGUGAAUUCUCCAUGUUUCAAACUCUGUUAUGUGUUUUUUUUUUUGACGUAUUAUUAUUAUUAUUUUAGUCCUAAAUAUGUCACGUUAUGGAUCAAUGCUUUAGAUCUAAAACCAGGUAUUUAGAGUAUUUAUAGUUUUAAUCACUAAAGUCAAUUAUCAUAAAAAUGACUGUUGCAGCCCUAAAGUGAAUCUUAGCCACUUGUGUCCUGGGACCUGAUUUCCUCCUUUCACACACAGCCUGUCCUGAAUUGACUGUAAAGUGGUGUUUGUUUUACCUUAUUGCUCAAACCGCUAACCUCCUCUUCAGCAAAUGUAAGUAAACUGUACAGAAUUCAAAUAAAAAGUGAUAUUAUCCGA